AUGGUAGAUCCGAUCCGGCAACGGAUCAUCGCCACCGUCCACUCCCGCUCCAAUCCGUCUAAUUCCGCUCUUGCAACCUACCAACUCCACUCUCCUCACCGCCGUCUCUUCCUCGCAUCCCUCCACGAACCGGACGCAUCAGUGUCCGCCCCUGGUGCUGCCGGAGUUGCCAUAGAUUUCUUCGGCAGCGCCGUAAUCACAAACUCUGCCAGCAACUUUAUCUGGAAUGUCGGUCUUGAAGGCCGACAUUCCAUCUUCUCAUCAUGCGAGGUCUACACGGACCACCACAAACCUCAUGGCCCUUGUGGGCUAAACGGCAUUGUCUACAAUAGCAAAGGACACUUUCUUGUCAUCCAAUCGAACACCGGUAAGCUAUUCAAAGUCGAUGACGAAAAUGGAGUGGCUAAAGAAAUCGAACUAAACAUCAACCUGACGGAAAUCCGGGCCAUUGACAUUAAAAAUGACGGCGUCGUUCUACUGAUGUCAAAAUACAAGUUAUACUUCCUCAAUAGUGAAGACGGGUGGAACAAAGCGAAAGUCUUUGACGAAGUUAGACUUGAUGCAAAACGGUCUCCAAUCUCGGUGACGGUUGGAGGGGAGGUCGUAUACGUUUUAUAUGGGCAUGUGGAAGAGGGCAUGAUUGGGAAUUCACAUAGGAACCACUUUAGCAUAGUUGGGAUCGGACCAAAGGCACAAAGAGACUUCACAUGGAUCGUAUAUAUGUUGAUCGGGUAUGGUUCCGUUUACUUCUUAAAAUGGAGUUCAAACGCACAAUGA